AUGGUCAAAGGCUUGCUCACCUCCGUGCUGCUUUCCGGAAGCCUUGCGUUUUCCGCGCUUGCGGCGGGUCCCUUCCCAGGCCAGAUCAAGAACCUCGUCACGUUCGGCGACUCCUACACAGACGUUAACGGGCAUGCAGACGGCGGGAUCGUGUGGCCCGUAUACGCUGCGCAAGACGGGCACUUCAAGCUCUUCCCGUUCGCGAAGUCCGGCGCGACGUGCUCAAACAACCUCACGAACCGCCCAUUCCCCUCCGUGUUCGAGAGCCAGCUCCCGCUCUUCUUCGCGGAAAAGGCGAAUGGGUCUUUGAAGCUCGACCCCGAGGACACGAUCUACACGCUGUGGAUCGGCACGAACGACGUCGGCGCGGGCGCGCUCCUGACGGGCUCGCAGACGCCUGGUGUCAGCAUCGUCGAUACGGUGACCUGCGCGGUGAACUGGGUGAAGGUGAUGUACGCGGCCGGCGCGCGGAACUUCAUCUUCCAGAACAUGAUCCCCUUGGAGCACUCCAUACUCUACUCGGCGAACUCGUACCCCAACCGCUACUGGACGGGCCCGCGCAACACGACCGAGUGGAGCGUCUUCAUGGCUGAACUGACAAAGUCGGGCAACGCAAUCGCCGACGGGCUGCUGAGGGCCCUUACGCCUAAGCUGCAUGGCGCGCAUCUCGGUCUUUUCGACUCGCACGCGCUCUUCACGGACAUGCUGACCCGGCCGCAGCUGUACUUGAACGGCACCGCGCCGCUGAACGUCACUGGGGCCGUGCACGCGUGCGUCUUCAAGGAGGGCGAGUCGACGGGCGACCCGGGCGUGUGCACCGAUGCUACUGGGACGGACGCUGACAGUUUCCUUUGGUUCGACGAGUUGCAUCCUUCCGAGCAAGCUGACCGCAAGCUCGCGGAGAUUAUGACUGCUACCAUCCAGAGGAAGUCUGAGGAGUGGAUUACUUGGCUUUCUUGAGUAUCUCGACGUGGGCGUUGCUGAGACAAAAGCAGACGUCAGUCUGCGUCGUGUACUUAGUACUAUAGCAAGUGUAAC